CAUUAGCAGGGAUGGGGUGUAAGAAGUGAGAAGGGGGGUUGGGUUGCGGGCGCUUGGUGUCACCGAUUUCCUCAUUCCUGUCGAAAAUGCUAUCAACAAUUCAACCGUCGCGUUGUCUGUCUCGCUUUCCAGUCCACUUACCUACCUGCGGCCGCACCAAAUCUCGCUUUCUGCGCGUGGUCUCUUCCGCUCAACCCGUCACCACAGCCCCACUCGCAGACCAAUCACAAAUCCUGUCCAUCCGCGACUCCCUCCUCUCCCGCCACCUCAGCGCAGUCCAAGUGGCCGACUCCUACCUGGGCCGCUUGAAACAGACGGAGCCCCAAAUUGGGUCUUUCCUCCACCUAUCCGAGCCGGACAAGGUGCUGAAACAGGCGCAGGAGAUUGAUGACAAGAUAAAGAGGAAUGAGGAAGUGGGUCCCCUUGCUGGGGUCCUUGUGGCUGUCAAGGACAACAUUUGUACGGCUGAUAUGCCUUCUACCGGUGGCUCCCACAUUCUGGACGGGUACCGUCCGCCGUUCGAUGCCACAGCCGUCAAGAGGUUGAAGGACUUGGGCGCCAUUGUGGUUGGCAAGACCAACUUGGAUGAGUUUGGCAUGGGGAGUAGUACUGAAGCUUCUGCUUUUAAGGUGACAGCAAACCCGUGGGAUCUCUCUCGGGUGCCAGGAGGAUCAUCCGGAGGCUCAGCUGCAGCUGUUUCUGCCAGGCAAUGUGUUGUAUCACUUGGGAGUGAUACCGGUGGAAGUGUGAGGCAGCCAGCAUCAUUUUGCGGGGUAGCUGGUUUGAAGCCAACUUAUGGCCGGGUCUCGAGAUUUGGGCUUAUGGCAUAUGCAUCAUCCCUUGAUGUCAUUGGAUGUUUUGGUUCAUCCGUUGCUGACACCGGGAUUCUUCUUCAUGCAAUUUCUGGUCACGAUGCACUUGAUGCAACUAGCAGUAAACGAGAGGUGCCUGAUUUCACUUCUCAAUUCCUUUCAGCAAGUUCUUUGAAAUCCAGACCAUUGGAGGGGCUAAGGGUUGGUCUUAUCCGUGAAACUGUUGACGGUGGUGUUGAUUCUGGAGUUAAAUCUGCAAUACAGGGUGCUGCAGCUCAUCUGGAACAAUUAGGAAGUAUUGUGACAGAGGUGUCAUUGCCAUCCUUCUCUCUUGGUUUACCAGCUUACUAUAUUCUUGCAUCAUCAGAAUCAUCUUCAAACUUAUCCCGUUAUGAUGGUGUCAGAUAUGGAAACCAAGCUUCUUGUGAUGAGCUAAAUGUACUUUAUGAAGAUUCCAGAGCUAAAGGAUUUGGGUCAGAGGUUAAAAUGAGAAUAUUAAUGGGAACAUAUGCACUUUCGGCUGGCUAUUAUGAUGCAUAUUACAAGCGUGCCCAGCAGGUAAGGACCAUAAUUCAGAAAAGCUUCAAGGCAGCAUUGGGUGAAAAUGACAUCCUGAUUUCACCUGCAGCUCCAUCUGCUGCUUAUAAGAUUGGUGAAAAGAGAAAUGAUCCAUUAGCAAUGUACGCAGGAGAUAUUAUGACUGUCAAUGUUAACUUGGCGGGCUUACCUGCAUUAGUUUUGCCAUGUGGAUUUGUUGAGGGGGGGUCUGCAGGUCUUCCUGUUGGCCUUCAAAUGAUUGGUGCGGCAUUUGAUGAGGAAAAAUUGCUCAAAGUGGGUCAUAUCUUUGAGCAAACUCUUCAGGGUUACAAGUUUGUUCCUCCACUCAUUCAAGAUGGUGUUUUUGCCUAACCGUUGAUGAUCCGCACUUUUUCUGAGAAUCCUGAUGCUUAGGUGGCCUAACUGAAAACUUUGUGGCGGGUGGAUCUGCAGGUUCAGCCAGGUUGUGACUUUAACUCUGUUUGAGACAUGGUUUAUGGCAUGCUGGAAUGAUUCAGCCAUAUAGAUCCCCAACAGCAUGUAAUUAUUGGCUGCGUUAAUGCUAGUUAUAUGGAAGAAAAAACAGUUUAAUAUUGAAAUGCAAUCUUGUUCUUCAAGAAUAUUUCAAUGUAACAAGUAUAUUGUACAGUAUGAAAUUUUGGGUACAUAUUCAUGAAAGUUGGUGUGGAAGUUCAUGGCCUGUA